AUUGAACAAAGUCAUAGCAUUGAAUGUUCGUCCAAGUCAUGAUCUAAAAUUCACACCAAAAAAAUCACAUAAACACGGCAUUUUGAAAUAGUUGGGUAGUUCAUACUACCUUCAUUAAUUAGUCACUCCUACACCCAUCAAAUCAAUCAUCGAUCUAACUCAUCAAUAUCAAGAGAAAGCUAACCUUCAUUUUUAUUUUCUUCAAUUUUAAAUUCCAUAAAUAUCCACCAAAUUAUUCAAACAACAACAUUAAUAUUUUAACCCCAUUAUUAUUUAUAAAUAAUUAUUAAGAUUCUUGUUUUAAAAUAUUAAAAUCAUGAUUAUUGAAUUCUUAAAAUUCCAGUCAAAUUGAAGCACCCCAUUAAUUCUUUCUUGUAAAAUUCUUGGUCUUCUAGAAACUGCUUGGAAUUUCAACUUCUCUCUCUAAAAAUCUUGACUAACAGCUCCAAAUACUUUUCAAUGGAUGUUUGAAACAAAGGGAGGUUGGCUGUUGUCGCCACCCAUUACGACUCUUUCUCUCUCUACAUUAUUACUUUCUCUCUCUAAAAAUGCCAUUGACCUCUGAAUUUUCUCAUUCAUGGCGGAUUUUGCUUCAUAACAAGGGUAUUAUUAUUCAGCUCCACAAUGGGUUUUCUUUAAUUUUCUCUCUCCUACUUUCUCUCUCUUCACAAGUAAGUUCUUUCUCACACAACCCAUUGUAAACUAGAAUCUGUAAUUUGAGCUGAAUUUCUGCUUUUUUCUUGUAAUUUAUUUGUGUAAUUUAUUAGGAUUUUGUACUAGUUUUGAAGUAUAAUUAUUGGGUUUUUCCUGAAUUUGAGUAUAAUUUUGUACUGUUUGUAUUAUUGUACUAAAGUUGAUCGAAGGUGUAACUUGUGUAAGGGUGUUGAUUUGCCCUAAUUUCUUAAUUUAGAGGGUUAAUUGUUAAAUUAAUAGCAUUAUUGUGAAGAAUUAGCAUCUGGGUAAAGGGUAAUUUGUGAAUUUGAGUGUAGUUGACUAUUUAAGGCGUGAAAGGGGGGUUAUGGUGUUUAGAUCAUGAACUCGAAUCGACGUUUUUAAUUUUAUUGCCUUAAAUUCGGAGUUCCGGUGAUCUUGUGGCGGUUCCUGCUGCCGUGUUUGUUGAUCUGUUGACGAUUGAUCUAGGGAGUUCUUAGUCUGUUCUUGGGAUGGAUUAUAAUAGACCAGUUCAGAAUUCGUCAAAGAGUGACUCGGUUUUGUUUUCAUUGUCUAAGGGGAGUAGUUUGAGAUCCCCUUCACUAAGGAAAUCCAGCCAACAAGCUGAAAAUAUUGUAAAUAGUGAUCCGUUUUUGAUUUCUUCGUCUCGAAGGAGUGUUUCAUCAUAUCAGUCUGUUUCUCGCGGAGCUCCUGAUUCUGUUUACGAGACAGACUCGAAUUCUGCUGUUGAACAUUCAGCAAGGAAUGAUGGUCUUAUGCAUUCCUCAUCUCGGGGAAGCGUUCAGUCGUACAACUGGAGGUCUGCUGAAAAUUCUGUGAGGGAGGUGAAUUAUGCUGAUUCGGACCCAAGGCCAGUAAGAUAUGGAUCAAGGACAGCUGAUUCCGAAGGCAUGGGUCUGUCUCAGAGGGAGAUAAAUGAGGAGGAUGCAAGAUUUAUCUAUAUUAAUGAUCCAGAAAGGACAAAUGAGAAGUUUGAAUUUGCUGGAAAUACUAUUCGCACUUCGAAGUAUUCAGUCAUCACCUUCUUGCCACGGAAUCUCUUUGAGCAAUUUCAUCGGGUAGCUUAUAUUUAUUUCCUUAUUAUAGCUGUUCUCAACCAGUUACCCCAACUUGCAGUCUUUGGUCGGGGUGCGUCUGUAUUGCCUUUAGCUUUUGUAUUGAUAGUUUCAGCUAUUAAGGAUGCAUUUGAGGAUUUUAGGAGGCACCGAUCUGACAGAGUUGAGAACAAUCGACUUGCAUCAAUAUUGGUCAAUGGUAAGUUUGAGCAUAAAAAGUGGAAGCAUAUUCAAGUCGGUGAAGUGAUAAAGAUUUCUUCAAAUGAAACUCUUCCAUGUGAUAUAGUGCUGCUGUCAACCAGUGAUCCAACAGGUGUGGCUUAUGUGCAGACCAUAAAUCUGGAUGGGGAGUCAAAUUUAAAAACACGAUAUGCAAAACAGGAAACCCAUUCGAAGAACCCAGAAAAGGAGAAGGUUGGUGGGUUAAUCAAGUGCGACAAACCGAAUAGGAAUGUAUAUGGAUUUCAGGGAAUUAUGGAGGUAGAUGGGAAGAAAAUGUCACUAGGGCCUUCUAAUAUCAUUUUAAGAGGUUGUGAACUCAAGAACACUGAUUGGGCUAUUGGAGUUGUGGUAUAUGCUGGGCGUGAAACUAAAGCUAUGCUUAAUAAUGCUGGAGCCCCAUCUAAGAGAAGCCGCCUUGAAACACAAAUGAAUCAAGAGAUCAUUUUGCUUUCUCUUUUUCUUAUUGCUCUAUGUACCAUAGUAUCCACUCUUUUUGGCAUAUGGCUGAGGCGUCACAUGGAUGAAGUGAAUGAGACACCAUAUUACCGGAAAAAGGAGUACAAUAGGGGUCCUCCUAAAGAUUAUAACUACUAUGGCAUAGGCCUGGAAAUAUUCUUCACAUUUCUCAUGGCAGUUAUUGUCUUCCAGAUCAUGAUUCCCAUUUCACUCUAUAUAUCCAUGGAGCUUGUGCGGGUUGGUCAGGCUUACUUCAUGAAUCGAGAUGCCUCCAUGUAUGAUAGUGUCUCAAAUAAAACAUUUCAGUGCAGGGCCUUGAAUAUAAAUGAGGACUUGGGGCAAAUAAAGUAUGUAUUCUCUGACAAAACUGGGACACUGACUGAAAACAAGAUGGAAUUUAAAUGUGCCAGUAUAUGGGGGACAGAUUACAGAAUUUUGACAGAUGAUGAACCGGCUGAACAGACUGCGUACUUUAUUGAAGUGGAUGGGCAGGUCCUGACUCCAAAGGUGAAGGUAAAGGUUGAUCCUAAUCUCCAAAGGUUGGUAAAGAGUGGAAAUGACACUCGUGUAGGAAGACGUGUUUAUGAUUUCUUCCUUGCGCUAGCAGCCUGCAAUACAAUUGUACCUAUUGUGACAAAUUCAACUGAUCCCACGGUGAAAACAAUAGAUUACCAGGGCGAAUCUCCUGAUGAGCAGGCAUUGGUUUUUGCAGCUGCUGCAUAUGGCUUUAUGCUUGUGGAAAGAACCUCUGGCCAUAUAGUUAUUGAUGUACAAGGAGAGAGACAAAGGUUUGAUGUUUUGGGUCUUCAUGAAUUUGAUAGUGAUCGAAAAAGGAUGUCUGUUAUUCUGGGUUGUCCUGAUGGCACUGUGAAAUUCUUUGUGAAAGGUGCUGAUACAACUAUGUUUAGUGUGAUUGAUAAAUCUUUAAAUACGGAUGUAUUGGAAGCCACAGAAGCCCAUCUUCAUUCUUACUCCACAGUAGGUUUGAGAACACUUGUGGUUGGGAUGAAGGAGCUUGACCAUCUUGAAUUUAAGCGGUGGCAGUCUUCUUAUGAGGCUGCAAGCACUGCUAUAAUGGGAAGGGCAGCUCAACUUCGCAAGGUUGCUAGCAACAUCGAAAAGGAUCUGACGAUAUUAGGUGCCUCUGCAAUUGAAGAUAGACUGCAGCCAGGUGUUCCAGAAGCAAUAGAAUCUUUAAGAAAUGCGGGGAUUAAAGUUUGGGUAUUGACUGGUGACAAGCAAGAAACGGCUAUAUCAAUUGGCUAUUCUUCAAAGCUACUCACAGGCAGAAUGAGACAGAUUAUUAUAAAUAAAAACUCUAAGGAAUCAUGUAGGAGUAGUUUGCGUGAGGCUCUGGAUAUGUCAAAUAAUAUGUCAACAGCAUCGGGUGGUGCUGAUGACAAUGAAGGGAUUUCCGGACCAACUCAACUUGCCUUAAUCAUUGACGGUAGCAGCCUUGUUUAUAUUCUGGACUCUGAACUUGAGGAGGAGCUUUUCUUGUUAGCCAGUAAAUGUGAUGUUGUGCUGUGUUGCCGGGUGGCUCCAUUGCAAAAGGCAGGAAUUGUUGCCCUCAUAAAGAAGAGAACUGAUGACAUGACCCUUGCUAUUGGAGAUGGGGCCAAUGAUGUGUCGAUGAUUCAAAUGGCUGAUGUUGGAGUAGGAAUAAGUGGACAAGAAGGUCGACAAGCUGUCAUGUCUUCAGAUUUUUCAAUGGGACAGUUUCGUUUUUUGGUGACGCUGUUGUUGGUUCAUGGACACUGGAAUUAUCAGAGAAUGUCUUAUAUGAUAUUAUACAACUUCUAUAGAAAUGCAAUUUUUGUCCUUAUUAUGUUCUGGUACACUAUCUUUACUGGGUUUACUUUGACUACUGCAAUUACAGAAUGGAGCAGUGUAUUGUAUUCUGUUGUGUAUAGUGCGGUGCCUACCGUUGUAGUUGCAAUUCUCGACAAGGACUUGGGUAGAAAAACCCUUCUAAAGUUCCCUAGGCUUUAUGAACUUGGACAGAAGGAAAAGUGCUACAACCCAAGGCUUUUUUGGCUGACAAUGGCUGACACUUUGUGGCAAAGUGGAGCUGUCUUCUUUCUCCCUCUCUUUGCAUAUUGGAAGACUGACAUUGAUGCUUCUAGCCUCGGCGACAUCUGGACAAUUGCAGUUGUAAUAAUAGUCAACUUGCACUUGGCAAUGGAUGUAGUAAGGUGGAACUGGAUCAUGCAUGCUGCGAUAUGGGGAUCUAUAUUUGCAACUUUCAUCUGUGUCCUUGUUAUUGAUGCCAUUCCUGUCUUGCCUGGUUACUGGGCUAUGUUCUAUGCAAUGGGCAAGUGGUCAUCCUGGUUUUGUCUUCUUAUUGUCCCGGUUGCUGGCAUAAUCCCACGUUUCGUUAUUAAAGUUUUUGGCCAACGCUUUUUCCCUGGUGAUAUCUUGAUUGCUAGAGAAGCUGAAAAGUUCGGUACGUUUUCAGAUUGGGAACGUGGGAUUGAAAUGAAUCAAUGGCCUAGCAACGGACUGAGUUGAUGUAUCAAGACGAAAGAUCCUCACCUUUAGGCUUUUGUUUUCGUUUGUAAAAAGUUUCAUAUACGAGUAGGGAUUUUUUCUUCUUUUAUUAGAAAAUAUCAUCAUUCUUUGCUAUCCGAAGGAUAGAGGUUAGUAUGUUGCUGGGUUGGCAACGCCGCAUAGAGGUUUUGUAUUGUAUGUUUCCUCUUUGUAUUUAUUCAUUUUUUGUGUACGAAAUAUAAAAUUAACAUUUUUUGUAAUACUAAAGAUAGGAAAAGUUGAAUGA